UGGCGGGCGGGGGGCGGAGCAGCGAGGGAGCGAGGGAGCGACCCGGCGCUCGCCAUCGCCUGCCGCCCUCCCGACGGGGUGGUCUUGGCUGCGGCUGGCCGGGCUGGGGGGCUCUUCCGUCGGCCAGCUGACCAGCCGCUCCCGGCUGCGGGCGAGGCAGCCACGAUGCGAGCGCUCGUUGCCCUGAUCGCGCUGCUGGGCAGCCUGCUCCUCUUCCUCUGCCUCGUGUGGCUUUCCGCCGAGGGUUCCUUGAGCGCCAGGGGCUGGGAGAAGGAGGUCAAAGACACCACCGACGCCCCCCCUCCAGUGAUGAGAUCCCUCCAGGUUCCCUUCGGCUCUCUCCAACUUGCUCCUCAAACGGCCACCAACAGGGUGAAUUUUUAUUUUCAUUUAAACAGAACUCCUAAUCAGCCCAGAAUUCAGAAGCCAGAGCAAGCCUCCAAAUGCAAAGAGAUGUGGAGUAACAGUUGGGCUGCAUCCGUUAAGAGGAAAAGGUAUGCAGAAGACUAUUAUUUGCAAGUUGUUGGAAAAUUUCAGAACUGCACAUGGAACAAGAGGCCACAAGAAUAUGCCAAGUUUAAGUCAGAGCUUGCCUCUUGCUGUGAUGCUGCUCACAAUUUUAUCACUUCUCAAAACAAUACCCCACUGGGAAGCAGUAUGAGUUAUGAGGUGGACAGCAAAAAAACCAUCCACAUCAGCGAGGAAAUAUUCAGGAUGCUGCCUGAAUCUCAGCCUCUGGAGCACCCCUUCAAGAACUGUGCCGUGGUUGGAAAUGGAGGGAUUCUGAAGAACUCCAACUGUGGAGCAGAAAUUGAUCAAUCUGACUUUGUUUUCAGGUGUAACCUUCCUCCCACUGUGGGGAGCAUCAGAGAAGAUGUUGGCAGCAAAACAAAUCUUGUCACCAUCAACCCAAGCAUUAUAUCCCAGAAAUAUAACAAACUGAAUGAAAAGAAGGCCACCUUUCUGGAAAAUAUUGCAAGCUAUGGAGACGCUUUCCUUUUAUUACCAGCUUUUUCCUUCAGGAGCAACACGGCUGCUUCUUUCAAAGUACAUCACACUCUGAAGGAGUUUAGCGCAAAACAGAAAGCCAUCUUUUUCUACCCCCAAUAUCUCAGAAGUCUUGCCCAGUUCUGGAGAACUAAGGGAGUCAAAGCCUAUCGGCUGUCUUCAGGCUUCAUGAUCACCAGUGCUGCUUUGGAACUGUGUGAGAAUGUAAAGCUUUAUGGCUUCUGGCCUUUCUCCAAAAAUGUAGCUGGUACUCCAAUCAGCCACCACUACUAUGAUAAUCAACCACCCAAGCCUGGUUUCCAUGCAAUGCCCAAAGAGUAUAACCAGAUUCUUCAACUGCAUGGAAGGGGUAUCCUCAAGCUGCAAUUUGGCAAAUGUCUACCUGACUAAUCUGAGAGUGAUGAUUGCCAAGGAAAGCGCUGGUAUGCGCCACACGCAAUUCAAUGUUGGAUUUGAUCAAAUGUCCACUUGUGAGCAUAGAACUGUGCUAUUAUAAUUCAAAGAAUAUUUUGCAUUGAAUAAUGGCGGUCUUUUUAUUACAUGGUGGCCUGUGUGAUUUUUAGAUUCCCGUAAUCUGACUUUUGACAUAAACAAAAUUUUAAAAAUCCAAGGUACUUACUACAGUUCACAAAGCACACACUCAGGAUGUUAGCUGUCGGUGAAAUUUUUGAGAGGUUGGCUUGCUAAGUAGUUAUAAUUUUAAGUGCUUUUUUUGUUUUGUUAAUACCAUCCAGAAUGGUUGAAAGUUGUCUACCUUAAUAACUUCGUCAUACUGUAUGACUGCACUUUUUUUGAUAAACUGUGAAAUGUUUCUUGAUUCAAACAUGGCUUUCCUUGCUGGCAGUCUUACAUGGUACAUAGCCUCAGAGAAAUGGUGAAGGACUUCAUGGGCUAUCUAGUCUAAUACCCUGAUAAGUGCAGGAAAUCCAAAGUCAGAUUGUUCCUUAUAGUUGAUUGUCCAGCCUCCAGCGAUGAAGAACUAACUCUUCAUAGUUGAACAGCUCUUACAAUUGGGAAAUGUCUCUGAAUGUUUAACUGAGAUCUAGCUUCCUGUAAAUUAAACCCAUUAGAUCUAGUAUCAUCCUCUGGAACAGCCUUCUAAGUCUUUGUCAUCUGUUAAGUGAUAGGUAUUCAAGUGUAUGAAGAGUGCAAUAAUGUCCUUUGCUCCCCCACCCCCCCAUUUUUCUAUUAUUCAGACUAAACAUACCCAGUACCUUCAUCCUUUCAUCAACUUUCUUACAGAUUGCUGGCUGUCUUCAUCACCCUUUUUCCGAACCUGUUUAAAAACAGUUUUGUCCAUGUAUGUACCACUGUGUGCACUGGAAUGUAUUCUAAACAAUCUCUUUGAUAUAUAGUGCAAAAUCCUUCUUUGGAAGUAAAGGUAUGGUCUGAAUUGACAUUUGGUCCAUCUGAUAUUUGAGACUUGAAACUAUACAUGACAAUGGACAAUCCAUGCCUAUAAACUUGUGAAUGCCCUAGUGUGAUUUUUUCCCCUGACUCAGGUUUGUGAUCAAAAGUGAUCUUGAAGAAAAAUUACUUCUCUGAAA